AACAAGUGAUCCACUGGUCGAGUCUAUCCAUCUACCCAUCUCAGUCUAAUCUGAUUCCAAGAAAACGUGCAGUGCACAAACAAACGUUCACCUAAUACUCGCCAGUGCCGUGUGCUUAAUGCGCUCUUAUUCUGUGUCACCCACGUUUUCUUGCCACCUUCUAACACCCACUCACCCGUCUCCAGAUUCUCUGUUUCAAGAAUUCGUCUUUUCCAGCAGGAAAGGGGCAGCAGAUUUGUUUUUUCUUCUCUUUCCUCAGUGAAUUAAUGCGGUAGACGACGAAGCGUUGCUUGUCGGUAGCUCUUCGUCGUUGCGAUGACGGCCUUGAGAAACUUGGUCGUGUUGGGGAGCACCGGUGAUGUUUGGCAACUGGGUCGUGGUGGGCAUUCACUGGUCGCGCCGAAACGGGUGGGAUUGCUUGAACUGGCGUCCUUCGGUGGCUUUUCUGGGUUGUCGGUCCGGCGGGCGAUCAGGUCGGUCGAGGACGAGAGCUCGUCGAAGUCGGCCACUGAAUUGAGCAGGGUCGUUGACCAGACGGAGACUAGUGUUUCCAAGAGAUUGCACAAGGACUUGACUUCUUUUCGCAGGCCGUUGACUGUUUCUGAUUUCUCUCAUACUCCAGAGAAUAAGUCGAAAAUGCGGAUAGCAUUCAAGGGGGUACCAGGUUCAUUCAGCGAGGAUGCUGCUCUUAAAGCCUAUCCUAACUGUGAGACUGUUCCUUGUGAUGAGUUUGAAGAAGCUUUUAAGGCUGUCGAACUAUGGUUAGUUGAUAAAGCAGUUCUUCCCAUUGAGAAUUCUUCUGGCGGAAGCCUCCACCGCAACUAUGAUUUACUUCUCAGACACAGACUUCACAUAGUAGGGGAAGUUCAGAUGACUGUCAACCUCUGUCUAUUGGCUCUUCCAGGUGUUAGAGCAGAGCAGUUAAAACGUGUUUUAAGCCAUCCACAGGCGCUUUCUCUAAGCGAUAAUACUUUGACCGGGUUAGGUGUUACCCGAGAAAGUGUUGAUAGUACAGCUGGUGCUGCUCAGUUUGUAGCAUUGAAUGAACUAAGGGAUGCUGGAGUUGUUGCAAGUGCUCGGGCAGCAAAUAUUUAUGGGCUUAAUAUACUUGCAGAAAGAAUCCAGGAUGACUCCGAUAAUGUCACUCGUUUUCUUGUGCUAGCACGAGAUCCCAUUAUACCAAGGACCGACAAACCUUUUAAGACGAGUAUUGUUUUCACCUUGGAAGAAGGCCCUGGUGUGUUAUUUAAAGCCUUGGCUGUAUUUUCCUUGAGGGGCAUAAAUUUGACAAAGAUUGAAAGCCGGCCACAGAGAAAGCGGCCACUUAGAGUUGUUGAUGACUCCAAUACUGGAAGUGCCAAAUACUUUGACUACCUCUUUUACAUUGACUUUGAGGCUUCUAUGGCUGAUACCCGUGCUCAGAAUGCUCUAGGACAUCUGCAGGAAUUCGCCACCUUUCUGCGUGUACUCGGUUGCUAUCCCAUGGACACAAGUGUUUAGUUGCGUGUCCAUGCCUCUUCAUUUCACCGUUAUCCUCGUGAAUCAUGGAUGAGAAUGCCAACCCUUUAGAAAUCUGAGUCGGCUUGAAGCUUGCAAUACCCAUUUGUCAUUCACUGAGGCGGGAUCAGUAUUAUGCUCCCAAGUGAGACGGUGGCCAUUCUGCAUUGGUUAACUGCCCAACUACAUUUGCAAAUGGAUAGGCAGGGCUAUAGGAUGUUACUUGCCAGAUGGUGGCAUGUUGGGACCGUGGCGAGGCGCUUAUGAGUGCUAAGCAGAGGGGAAACAACACCAUUUUAAUCCUUGCCCUGUAUUUUAGCAGAUUGUGAGCUUUCAAGAUAUGUUCUUGAGGAUCAUGCAGGCAUGAUGGGCGUGGAUUUGUUAUUUGCAGGGGCGAUACAACUCUUCAUCAGAGACAAGACAGGUUACAGGUUUUCUUUUUAGCGAACCAAUGUAAGUCAUAGCUUUAGAUUUUGGUUGGAGCUUCUUUGUCAUCACCAUCUGCAUUGUUCAUUUGCUACCUCUUCGUGCUGUGCUGAGGAAGUUUUCUUUUGAAUCUGUAAACUAUGCUUCGUAAAUGCCAAAUACUAAUCUAGCUAUUCUUUCCUCCUGUGGAA